ACCCGCCAAAAUCUAUGGAGCGCGUAAGCCGUCGCGACAUCUUCACAUCGUUGCCAGCUAGGGUCCAAUGGUUGCAUUCGUUCCUGGAGUUCGGAACUGCCUUGAUAUCUGGUCAAAAGUAUAUCAAAGCAGUCAUUCCUGCUAUCGUCAACAUUGUGUACAAGAAGCUUCUCAAAUACGACAUCACGGCUCGUGUUUUUGUCACGAGGGACAGCAAAGAUGAAGGUCCAGUUGAGAGUUGGCCUACAGAAGAUAGUGCUCAAAUUGAGCACAGAAAGAUGGCAAGUCUGCGUUAUCAUCAACCGAGUGCAUCUACUGCACGCGAAUGGACUACUGGCCUGAUGCACGUAGGCAGAGGUCGCCAAAANCCCCUCCAUGUCGAUUAUGUCUUCCUAGGCGCAUGUCUAGGCUUCAUCCAAGACUCCCUCUUCGAAGCCAUCCUCUCCCACCCACGCCUCGAAAUGCACCGCAAAAUCGCCAUCGUCAAAGCCCUCGGCAAAGUCAUCUGGAUUCAAAACGACCUUAUAGAACGAUGGCACAACACCGACGGCUCCGAGUUCAUCGAAGAAGAAGCCGACACACUGCUAGGCGAGAUCCAAGAGGAGGAGCGCGAAGGCUAUCUCCACGGCAANAAAGUUCUCGGCGACGACGGCUCAUCCAUCAACACAAGCCGCACUGGCAGUAGCGGCAAGAGCACCGACAGCGGAAAAACAUCACUGGGCCGUCCGAUCGAAGAAGCUACCCACCUUGGCGAUGGCAUGAGCAGAUGCCCGUUCAGCGGUAUGGCGCGUUCAGGCCCCAACCCAGCAGACUUGGAGCGCCAGCGUGCGACGUCGACGCGCUCGCCGCGUGUCAAUGGCACGGCGCCUGAUGUCCUUCAACAGUAUCACUCCCCGGGGACCCCUCGUAUUCGCAUAAUUGAUGGCAAAACAGUGCUGAAGGAAAACCUGGACCCUCGCCCCUUCGAGUCUAACACG